AGAAGAUCAUGGGCUAUCUUGGGCCUAAGACAGAUUCAGCUCCAUCAUUUUAACUCCAGUUAGCAAGAACCCGAUGAGGCUGGGAGGGACCAGACCAUGGCUCACCUGGUGCGCCCCCUCCGGCAAUGGCCGAGGCUCCACCACCACCACCGCCACCGCUGCCGUCAUCUGCCCACCUCUCCAUUAUUUCUUUCGCCCUUCGGAACGACGUCGCAUCAUCAUCAGCAUCAUCCUCCUCGCCAUAGUCUGUUCCCGACGGUGGUCCCUUCGUCGCACCGCGAAGUCCAUUACCGGCCGCGCGGGCUCAAGUUCCCCAACUCCUCGGCGCCGGAGGCUUACGAUCCCCGAGAAGGCGGCGACGGCGGCGGCGGCAGCGGCAGCGAGUCCGACUCCGACGGCAAGAAGAGCCGCAACCAGAAGAAGCGCGAGGCUCGGCGCGCCGUCCGCUGGGGCAUGGAGCUCGCUUCCUUCUCCAAUCCCCAAAUCAAGCACAUCCUCAGAGUGGCUUCUCCGGAGCAAGAGGUGUUGGACGCCCUGAUGCUUGCGAAGAGACUGGGACCGGACAUUCGUGAAGGAAAGCGAAGGCAGUUCAAUUACAUUGGGAAGUUGCUGCGAGAUGUUGAACCUGAGUUAAUGGAUGCUUUAAUUGUGGCUACAAAAGAGGGUGACCAUAGUAGACUGCAAGCUUUAUCUGUCUCAGCGGCUUGGGUUGGCGGAGAUGAUGAUGAAGGAGAAGAAGAUUUUGAAGAAGAACACGAGGAAGAGGAGGAGGAGUCCAGUGAGCAUGCAAGCAUCGCAAGCAGGUGGUUUGAUGGUUUAAUCAGUAAAGACAAUGAAAUAACCAAUGAAGUUUACUCCAUUCACACUGUUGAUUUUGAUCGGCAAGAGCUCCGAAAGCUUGUACGGAAUGUACAGUCAAUUCAGGAACAGCCAGCCACCACUGAUGAAAAUGAGAGAGAAGCUAGCAUUGCGCUGCUAAGGGCUCAAAAGUCCCUUACCCAUUUCCUCCGAAACCUCGCGAGGCAAUUACAUGGUAGUGAGAUAUGGUUACAAAGUUGAUACUCACCUCUUGUACUAGUCUAUUUUGUAACAUCACAUUUUCUUCUUUUGGGGUCCAGUUAAAUCGAUUUAUGAUUUAUGGGUCUGCAUGAACCAAGAACCGGGUGGCUGAUGGGGUUCUAGAUUUAGGAUGCUCCGGGUUCAAUCCUAGGCAAUGGCUAAAAAGAUAAUAGUUAUGCCAAUUGCCAAUCUCCUUUUAUGCACAGGCUCUGUAUUAACUUACGUUUCAUUUGCAGGUGCAAGCCCUCUCUUGUAGUUGGGAAUUAGACAGGGAGUCAUGCCAUCUCUUUUGGUUGUACCACCCCGCAGAUUGCUGCACCAGCAAGAACAAUAUAUUUUUUGUCCGCUUAAGACUGCUGAAAGAUUUUUUUACGUUGAAAGUGUAUUGCUGAAGCCUAUGGUCAAGAUCAUGACCAUCAAAAUUUUGGCCGCAGCGACAUCUUCUCAGCAGUAAUGAGAUUCAAAGAUUUA